AUGGUCCUCUACGAUGUCCGCCCGCCCCCUGAAAUAGAGCCUGGUCUCUAUGUUGCAGAUGUUCUCAAUACUUACCAGGAAUUUAUCCUACGAGAUAACCACAUAUCCGGGGUGGUCUCGCUGGUUGGAAACGGCUGCUCACUGUGGCAGCAACAAAAGUUCAAACGACACGUCAAGCAUCAUCUCUGGAUACGGUGCGACGACACAGAGACCCAGGAUCUCAUCAAACACAUGAAUAUCUUCUGUGAUUUCCUCGAUGAAGUGUACGCUACUCCUCGAAAUUCAACUGCAAGCCCAUUCGGGAGACCGGGUGGACAUGGGGGUCACCAGGCAGUCCUUGGCGGUAGUGUCGUUCUUGUGCACUGUGAGGGGGGGGUAUCUCGCUCUCCUACCAUGGUGAUAGCCUAUCUGAUGCGGAAAUAUGGCAAAAGCCGCGACGCUGUCCUCGCUGAGGUGAAAGGAAAACGGAAGAUCCGGCCCAACCCGGGGUUCAUGGAUCAACUGGAAGUAUGGGAGCAGGUCCAAUACCAGCCAUGGGAGGACAAGGAGAAGACAAUUCCUAAAGCUCCUUACAAGGCGUAUCUAGAGAGAAGAGCAGUGCUGCUGAGGGAGAAGGGUCUCACCGGGGACGAGCUGCCAGGGAUGCAGACCUUGGAUUUUUAA